UCGUUUUUUUCUUGCUCGUUGCCGUCUGUGGGUGUUCUAGACGGAUGCGUGUUCUGCUUGCGGCCCUUCAUAUUGUUCUUUUCUGGGAAUUUGAGUGACGCUCCGUCGCAAUUUGGUUGCGGAAGUGAAGCGCUUUCGUUCGUUACCUGGCCAUCGGCAGGUGGCGUUUAGAUUUGUGGGACUACCAAUCGUCCGGGUCAACGUUACCAGAAUAGCGGACGCCGGACAGGAACCACCCGGCCGUUAUCGGGAGCAGGUGCUUCUCCCUGGCUUGAAGUCAGGUAUCCGUGUGGUGACAACGCUGGUGAAGGGUAUUGUCACAAAUGGGGAUAGGGUGCAGCUUAGGCCGCCAGUCACUACCAGUUGACCAGAGUGAUCCAGCUCUAGCGUCCAGCGUUGAUGAGAGCUCCGACUGCCAGUCACAACCAGCUGACCAGAGGGAGCCAGCUCUCAGGUCUAGCAAGGAUGAGAGGAUCGACCACCAGUCACAACCGGCUGACCAGCGGGAUCCAGCUCUAGGGUCUAGCAAGAAUGAGAGCUCCGACCACCAGUCACAACCAGCUGACCAGAGUGAUCCAGCUCUAGGGCCCAGCGUUGAAGAGAGCUCCGACCGCCAGUCACAACCAGCUGACCAGAGAGAGCCAGCUCUCAGGUCUAGCAAGGAUGAGAGCAUCGACCACCAGUCACAACCAGCUGACCAGAGGGAUCCAGCUCUGGGGUCCAGCAAGGAUGAGAGCUCCGACCGCCAGUCACAACCAGCUGAUCAGAGAGAGCCAGCUCUCUCUGAUGGUGCUGCAAUGGAAGCAGCGUCUGAAGAGGAGAGUAAGUACAAGUAUCGACCACCAAAUAGGGCUAAUGUGGACAGUGAUCACUACUACUCAACCAAUGCGCCUCACGCAGAUCUGGUGAGAGCAUGUGAAGAUGACGAUGUGGAACAAAUCCGACAAACCGUGAAUAUCGGCACUCCAACCGAACCUGUGAUUAGACCGGAUCUCUUGGAACAAGUGCCGGAGCCAUACUUUCACGUUUUGUCUACGAGAAUUCCCACGACAAUCAUGGCUCUUCUGAUGCUGGCAGCAUGCUACUAUGGCAGCAUUCAUUGUGUCCAGUUUUUACUCUGGUGUGAUCCGUCGCUCUUGCACGGCAAAGUUAUGUUCCGUCCUGGUAGUGAGCCACGAGUGAGCUGCCGCCCAGUAUCACUUCUACAUGUCUGCGCGUUCCGUGGACAUAAAGCACUGUGUGAGCUGCUGAUAAAAAAUGGUGUCGACGUUAAUGUCCAAAAUGAGUAUGGUACGACACCACUCCACUAUGCAGCAUACGGAGGUCAUGUGUCCGUAAUAGAAUAUCUGUUGAAUGCUGGACAUCCAUUGGAAGCGAAAAAUUCGGUAAGUCAGGAUAUCCCUGGUGCAUGCUUGUUUGUGUAGGAGCAGAAAAGAAGGAUUACCGUACUUUCGCGAUUAGAGCCCUCUCUUGAAUAGUGCUCUAUGUUGAAAAGUGCCCCAGUCUCUAUGAGCAUGUGAACA